CUCCUUCCAGGAGUCUAAAGACCCAAACCCCCGGUCUCGGAAGGGAAACUCGGGGCUCGUCGGGCACCGGAAGCGAGCAGGAUGAGUCUCGCCAGCGACGGCGCGGAAACGCUGUUCGCCCUGGACUACGCCUCCGGGCUCACCCGCCUGCUGUUGGUGACGGCGGGGUUCGUCUUCUACCUGGGGGUGUUCGCGGCGUGCCACCGCCUGUCGUCCUGCCUGAACGCCACGUACCGCUCGCUGCCGCCCAAGGAGCAGGUGUUCUGGGACCUGGCGGCGACGCGGGCGGUGUUUGGGGUCCAGGCCUCGGCGGCCGGCCUGUGGGCCCUGCUCGGGGACCCCGGCCUGCGGGCCGACCCGGCCCGCGCCCAGCGCAGCUGGUGCUGGUUCAACAUCGCCACGGCCGCCGGCUUCUUCCUCUUCGAGAACGUCGCCGUCCACGCCUCCAACCUGCUGUUCGGGACCUUCGACCUGUUCUUGGUCGUUCACCAUCUCUUCGCCUUCCUGGGCUUCCUGGGGUCCGUGGCCAACCUCGGCGCCGGCCACUAUCUGGCCAUGGUCACGCUGCUCCUGGAGAUGAGCACCCCUUUCACCUGCGUCUCCUGGAUGCUUCUCAAGGCCGGCUGGGCCGACUCCCCGUUCUGGAAGCUAAACCAGUGGCUGAUGAUCCACAUGUUCCACUGCCGGAUGAUUCUGACGUAUCACAUGUGGUGGGUGUGCUUCUGGAACUGGGACGGACUGGCCGCCAGCCUGCUGCCACCCCACCUGGCCCUCUUCGUCGUCGGCCUGGCGCUGCUCACCCUAAUAAUCAACCCCUAUUGGACUCACAAGAAGACUCAGCAGCUCCUCAAUCCGGAAGACUGGAACUUCGCCAGUCCGGGGAGCGGGAACGUCCCGGCGGCGAAAGUGAACGGCCAGGCGCUCCGAAAGAAGGCAGAGUAGCCCGACCGGAGCGGCUUCCAGCGCGCGGACCAAAGGAAAGCCAUUAAGGUGACGUUGCCGAAGAUUGGCUUCCGUCGGUCGGUGGGGAAAGAAGCGACGGAACCUUUAUCUUCAUCUUGAAGUAGCCUUAAAAGUACUUUUAGACGGACGUAGGGCCGAAGCGGACCCCCGGUUGCCCCCAGUUGAAUUACCCAAGUUGGGUCGAUGUAGCAUUAAAAGGCGGAGCGGAAACCAUCGCGUGGUGUCUUCACGGAAGGAAUGCCACCGUGCGGAUUUGUAACCUUGCUAAUUUACGUCCUCUUGUCGCCGUUAAAUUCUGCUUCCCCUCCGUGGAAAGGUGGAGAGAAGUGACUUCAGAUGUGGGGUUAACUACAAUAAUCUGUAUUUUUAAGAGGGACCCGUGCAGCUGUGCCAUCUGGCUCCAAAAAGCCGCACAAUUGUGCGCGUGGGCCGAGGGUUUGGGGGUAGUUUUCCGCACUCUGAAUGGAGGUGGAUUUAAGUUAUUCGUAGCGUUUUAACGAAUUUGGCAUGUGUACGGGGUGUGAGAAGUUUUGAAUGACCUUGGACUCCCUUUUCUUUAGGGUGCAAUUAGAAACACGCUUGGGAAGUUUAUGUAGUCUGGGUUUUCUACUCUUAUGAUAGACUUCCAGUGAAUUCCGUGGAAAGGCAAGAUAAAGAAGCGUAUGCUUCCUGGGCAUUGAUACAGUUGUCGACUACAGGGCUAAACGUGGGGGUGCCCAAUAAAUACUCGCUUGACUCCCCUCUAGACGCUGAGCUCGCUGUGGGCGGCGAUUAUGUCCGUUUGUUGUCAUAUCGUUCUCUCUCAAGCGCUUAGUACGGUGUUUUGCACACUUUAAGCGCUCAGUAAAUACAGCUGAAGGAACGUGUGAAUGGUGAGCUUAAGCAGAAACCCCCUGGACUUUUCGGAAGCUGUGGAGUUUUUUUGUGUGUAAUAGCCGUCAAAUGAAAAUCCGGAUAAUCUGGAAAAAUCAGAUGCUAGUAAAUUAGUAAGUAAAUUAGUCACACCUACUUUUCGGGUUAUCAGGAGGUUACUCGAGAUUAGGUUUUGUUUGGACCCGCGUGACCCUAUGUUGCCAACUUGCCCUUCCCAAGCGCUUAGUACAGUGCUCUGCACACAGUAAGCGCUCAAUAAAUACAAUUGAAUGAAUGAACGAAGGAGCCUUUAUCACUGGGAACCAAGAGUGGAGUCCGCUGGAGGAAUUGAUCUAAUAAAGCAUUGGGAAAUAAUUCCUUUCCUCAGGGUCCUCUCGUCUGUCCACCCUCCUGCACAGCGCUUAGUAUAGUACCUGGUGCAUAGUAAGCGCUUAACACACACCUUCAAUAUUGUCAUUAAGCCUGGAAGAAAUAACACUAAACUGGUCACUUUGUUUCCACUCCUGAGAAGCAGAAUGGCCUGAUGAAAAUCAAUUGCAUAUAUAAUAAUGAUGAUGAUGA